AUGAAAACAUUAUGGCUCCUUCUCGCCACGAUAUUCCAUGUUUUUGCCCAUGAUGAGCUCUAUAUUCUUAUAGAUGAAGUCAGUUUAUAUAACUGUCGAGGAGUAAAAAAUGAAAUCACGAUAAACGAGGAGGAUAUUCAGAUAGUAAAUGAACGAGGAAAUCGUGUUUACUAUAUCAGAGCUCCUGGAAAUUAUUCCCUAGAUUUCAAGAAAAUAAAAGUAAAACAAAACUUUGGAUUCCUUGCCGGAGAAAUCGGAAUAACUCUUCAAGUUCCAGUGCUAGAAGGGCCGGCUGGUAUCCGUUUUGAUCUACCAUAUACAAUGAUUCCGGAGACAACACUUCUCAGUCAGAAGUGUGAUGAGUUCAGUGGAGUGAUCGAAAGAAAUGGACGGACGUACUGUAGGUAUUGUGAUCUUUGUCAAGUCUCUCAAGCAGUUGAGAAUGAAUUGGCUGCUGGAAGACAUCAGUUUCUGUCUCAUUCGGAAGGUGACACCCCAGUUUCCAAGUGCUAUAAUAUUGAAGCCAACGAAUAUGAUUUCCGUCGAACAAUCCAACUCCCAAGUCGUUCUCAUCUAGAAGGUCUCAUCAAGAGUAAGGCUCAUGGAAUUGAUGAUGAGAUUAAGAAGAGAUUGAAUAAAGGACGUGGUCGGUUCCAAGUUUUCCUGAAUUUGAUCACCUCCGAUAAACCAGCAAUUUCAAGAAACCGUUGGAUGGCUGGAUCGAAAGACUGUGACUGCUGUUUCAAUCGAAAUGCUCCUCACUGUGAUUCACUUUCUUACCUUUAUUGCAACAUGGAGGACUGCAAAACAGGAUGGGCUCUUCAGUGUCUUCACAAUUCUGCAAAGGUAGCAGCUUGCUACACGGUAGAGUUCAACUAUAGAAUGACAACAUCAUAUGGAGAUGUUCUUGAGUUCCUUCGGGAAAACAACUAUCCAAAUCAAGAUAGCCAUUUCACUCAACCAAAUCAGCCGGCAGUUCCAACAACUCGUCGUCCAGUGACACCAUCGUUUGAAGCUCGUCAAGCGAAUCAACUUCAGAUGACACAGGCAUGCGUGGAAUCAAUGCCAGCUAGAAUGACUCAUCUGAGAAGGUAUUGUACCAUUUUCUGGAAUGAAAAACUCUGUUGUGAACAUUGUCCGGAUAUCUGUUAG